AUGCUGCUGCUGCUGCUGCCUCUGCUCUGGGGGAUGGAGGGAGUGCAGGGGCAGGGACAGAGACCAUUUGGAGAUGGUUACAAGUUGAAAGUGAAGUCAGUGAUGGUGCAGGAGGGCCUGUGUGUCUCUGUGCCCUGCUCUUUCACCUACCCCCAGGGCGACUGGACUGACUCUGACCCAGUUUAUGGCUACUGGUUCCGGGGAGGGGCUGAUACAGACAGGGAUGCUCCAGUGACCACAAACAACCCAGCUCAAAAAGUGCAGGAGGAGACCCAGGGUCGAUUCCACCUCCUUGGGGACCCACAGUACAACAACUGCUCUCUGAGCAUUAGAGAUGUCAGGAUGAUGGACCAGGGGAUAUAUUUCUUUCGGUUGGAGAGAGGAAUGGUAAAAUGGAACUACAGGCCAAAUAUGGAUUACAAGGUUAACCAGCUCUCUCUGCAUGUGCCAGCCCUGACUCCCGACAUCAUCCCGGGGACCCUGGAGUCUGGCCGCCCUGGGAACCUGACUUGCUCUGUGCCCUGGACCUGUGAUCAGGGGAAACCCCCCAUGAUCUCCUGGAUGGGGGCCUCCGUGUCCUCUCUGGACCCCACCAGCUCUGCUUCCUUGGUGCUUACCCUCAUCCCACAGCCACAGGACCACGGCACCAGCCUCACCUGUCAGGUGACCUUGCCUGGGGCCAAUGUAACUACGACAAGGACCAUCCAUCUCAACGUGUCCUAUGCUCCUCAGAACUUGACCGUGACUGUCUUCCAAGGAAAUGACACAGCAGCCACAGCCCUGGGGAAUGGAUCAUCUCCCUUAGUCCUGGAGGGCCAGUCUCUGCGCCUGGUCUGUGCUGUCGACAGCAACCCCCCUGCCAGGCUGAGCUGGACCCGGGGAAGCCUGGCCCUGAGUCCCUCAGAGCCCUCGAACCCUGGGUUGCUGGAGCUGCCCCGAAUGCACCCUGGGGAUGAAGGAGAAUUCACCUGCCGAGCUCAGAACCCUCUGGGCUCUCAGCAGGUCUCCCUGAGCCUCUCCCUGCAGAACCAGUUCUGAGGGGUGAGUCCCCCCAACAGCUCCCGUCUGCCCACAGGGGGAGCGUCGCCUGUGUCAGGAGUGAUGCUGGGGGCGCUCGCAGGAGCUGGAACCACUGCCCUGGUCUUCCUGUCCUUCUGUGCCAUCUUCAUCGUAGUGAGGUCCCGCAGGAGGAAGUCGGCAAGGCCAGCAGCGGGCGAGGGGGAUGUGGGCAUGGAUGACGCUGUCACUGUCAGGGGUUCCGGCUCUCAGGUUUUCCCAACUGAAUCCCAGGCAGACGACAGCGCCCCAGACCAGCUUCCUCCAGCCAAGGACGUCCCCUCCUCUGGGGAGGAUCAAGAAGUCCAGUAUGCAUCCCUCACCUUCAAUAUGAGGCCUGGGGUCCCACAUGUCCAGGAGGCCUCCAGCUGCGAGUACUCGGAGAUCAGGAAUCCACAAGUGAGAGGCUGUGGAGCCUCAUCCCUGGGGGAGGCGUCAGCGCCCCUCCAGGCAGAGGAGCGGGCAGAGGCCGAUUCCUGUGGAAUUAACAGCCCUCUCAGGGAUAUGCCUUAA